AUGGCUUUCCCAUCCAACCCAGACGACCGAGAGUCCUCAGUGCGAGCAUACAUUGAUCACACACUCGCAUCUCUCCUCCACGAGCUCUCGCAGCCCCCUUCCGAAGCACGACCAGCCAUCACCCUCCGGCGUCGAGCCAACCGAACAACCUGCAUCAUCAACCCCAACACCAAAGCUCUCGAGGCCCAACAGCCGGCCGAAACGUACAGAACGUAUUUAUGGCCGGGAAAGACGGCAUACGAGUCUUGGAAAUUCACGAAGACUGAUGAGUCCAUUUGGCAUGCAGCGGUCGUCGUGCGGAUCUUAUCCAUUGUUGACCAGGCGAUUCGAAGUCACCAGCGAAUAUCCAAACGGGACAUAUAUUAUAUUGACCCAGAAUAUUUUCGCUGCCAGAGCAUCGUGAACGGAGUGAUUGACGAGCUUGCCUACACUAUUGGUGUCGAGCGGGCGGCAUUGAAUGUGGUUCGUUCGGACCUGUCCCUCUCAUCAAUUAGUGACGCUGAGACCACCCUGGUGACGAUUGGAAGGCCAACCGUCGCGGGCCAGGAUACUCUGAUUCCUCGCGUAGAGGAUGACGACGAGAUCGACAUGGAGGGUGUGCGAUGGGUACUGGUCAUUGAGAAGGAGGCAGUCUUCCACAGACUCGCGCGAAACAGCUACUAUAUGAAGGCCAUUGCUGGUGAUGGGAUUCUGGUUACUGGAAAAGGAUAUCCGGACCUCUGCACCCGAAGCUUCGUGCGUCGGCUCUUCGACACUGCAUCUAACAGCAACAGACGCCCGCCUCAGUUUUAUGCUCUCACAGAUGGUGAUCCCCAUGGCAUGGGGAUUAUGUCGACAUAUAAGUACGGCUCUGCAGCACAUUUGCAUGACAACGCGAGACUCAGCGUUCCGGGCUUGCAGUGGCUAGGUCUUCGAGUGUCUGAUGCAAUAGCUAGUUCGGACUCGCCAGAAAACAGCCCCAUCAUGUCGCUAACAGCGCGAGACCGCAAGAAAAUCACCGCCAUGUUCCAAAACAGCCCCGUGUGGGCGAGCGAUGGGCCAGAGCCGGAAUGGCGCACGGAAUUGCAGCGGAUGCUCAUGCUAAGCAUUAAGGCAGAGAUUGAAAUCCUGUAUGAGCAGGAAGGGGGUCUGGAGGGGUGGAUUGACCGGAAGAUGUUUCGGCAGGGGUGA